UUCACCUGGGAGGAGUGGCAGCUCCUCGGCCCUGCUCAGAAGGACCUGUACCGGGACGUGAUGUUGGAGAACUAUAGCAACCUGGUUUCAGUGGGGUAUCAAGCCAGCAAGCCAGAUGCACUCUCCAAGUUGGAACAAGGAGAACCAUGGACAGUAGAAAAUGAAAUCCACAGCCAAAUCUGUCCAGAAAUCAAGAAAGUUGACAAUCAUCUACAGAAAAAAAAACAAAACCAAAGAUGUCUGAAGAGAGUGGAACAAUGCCAUAAACGUAAUAAAAAAAAAAACAUCGUUCAUCAGAGGAAAAGUGAUUUUCCUUUAAGGGAAAAUCAUAAAAAAAAUGACUUACAUGGGAAAAUACUGAAAUCAAAUUUACGUUUAAUCAACCAGAACAAAAGGUAUGAAAUCAAGAAGUCUGUAGGGGUUAAUGGAGAUGGGAAAUCCUUCCUUCAUGCCAAGCAUGAACAGUUUCAUAAUGAAAUGAACUUCCCCAAAGGUGGAAAUAAAAAAAAUACAAAUUCACAAUUCAUUAAGCAUCAGCAAACUCAAAAAAUAGAUAAAAAAAAAAAAUGCACUGAGUGCGGGAAGGCUUUCCUCAAGAAGUCUCGCCUCAUCUAUAAAAAAAAAGUUCACACUGGAGAGAAACCUCAUGGAUGCAGUAUAUGUGGGAAAGCCAAAAAAAAAAAGUCCGGGCUCACUGAACACCAGAGAAAUCACACAGGAGAGAAACCCAAAAAAAACACUGAAUGUGACAAAGCAUUCCGCUGGAAAUCACAGCUCAAUGCGCACAAAAAAAAUCAUACAGGAGAGAAAUCAUACAUAUGCAGUGAUUGUGGAAAAGGCUUCAUCAAGAAGUCUCGGCUCAUUAAUCAUCAGAGAGUUCAUACAGGAGAGAAACCACAUAAAAAAAACCUGUGUGGGAAAGCCUUCUCCAAAAAGUCCAGGCUCACUGAACACCAGAAAAAAAAUACAGGAGAGAAACCCUAUGAAUGCACUGAAUGUGACAAAGCAUUCCGCAAAAAAAAACAGCUCAAUGCGCAUCAGAAAGCUCACACAGGAGAGAAGUCAUAUAUAAAAAAAAAUUGUGGAAAAGGCUUCAUUCAGAAGGGAAAUCUCAUUGUACAUCAGCGAAAAAAAAAUGGGGAAAAACCCUAUAUAUGCAAUGAAUGUGGGAAAGGCUUCAUCCAAAAAAAAAAUCUCCUUAUUCAUCGACGUACUCACACUGGAGAGAAACCCUAUGUAUGCAAAAAAAAUGGGAAAGGCUUCAGCCAGAAGACAUGCUUAAUAUCGCAUCAGAGAUUUAAAAAAAAAAAGACACCCUUUGUAUGUACUGAGUGUGGAAAAUCCUGUUCACACAAGAAAAAAAACAUUAACCACCAGAGAAUUCACACAGGAGAAAAACCCUAUACAUGCAGUAAAAAAAAGAAAGCUUUCAGAGAUAAAUCAUGUCUCAACAGACAUCGGAGAACUCAUACAGGGGAGAGACCCUAUGGAUGCUCUGAUUGUGGGAAAGCUUUCUCCCACUUGUCAAAAAAAAAUUAUCAUAAGGGAAUGCUGCAUGCAAGAGAGAAACGUGUAGGUUCAGUCAAAAAAAAAAAUCCUUUCUCAGAGAGUCAUAGCUUAUCACAUACAAGUGAUCUCAUAAAAAAAAAAGACUCUGUUAACAUGGUGACUGUGCAGAUGCCUUCUGUGGCAGGUCAGAAAAAAAAAACUAACAGUGAGUUCCACCCAGAUAGCAAAGUAGCCAUUGUGAGCCAGCCUGUUGCCAGAAGUUCAGUCUCAGCAGAUAGUAGAAUUUGCACAGAAUAAAAACC